AUGGCAGCAACGCAGAAUCCAGUCGUCUUCUUCGACGUCACCCUCGGCGGCGAGCCUCUAGGCCGCAUCAAGAUGGAGCUCUUCGCGGACGUCACACCAAAGACCGCAGAGAACUUCCGCCAAUUCUGCACAGGCGAAACCAAGAACCAUCUCGGACGACCACAAGGCUACAAAGGGUCAAAGUUCCACAGGGUGAUUAGAGACUUCAUGCUUCAAGGCGGCGACUUUCUGAACGGCGACGGCACCGGCUCAGCAACCAUCUACGGCACAAAGUCUUUUGCAGACGAAAACUUCAACCUCCGCCACGACCAGCCAGGACUUCUUAGCAUGGCGAACUCAGGCCCAAACACCAACGGGAGCCAGUUCUUCAUCACAUGCACUGCCACGCCACAUCUGAACAACAAGCAUGUCGUGUUUGGCAAGGUCGUCGAAGGACUGGAUGUAGUGAGGAAGAUUGAAAACGUGAGGACCACGCGGGAAAAGCCGAAUCAAGAUGUUGUGAUUGCGCAGUGUGGUGAGAUGUGA